AUGGAGAAACAGCAUUUGAAACCCUUUGGUUCUUUCUAUGCUUCCACCACUCAGGAAGCAAAGAAAGAUCAAUUUCUUGCAGCUGAGCCAUCUGAAAAGAAGCGGAAGUACCAGCAUAACUCAGACGGUGAAAAGAAUAGUGGAGUUUCGACUGAGUUAACCCUUUCUUGCGGGGUUCCAAGCAAGAUCAACAAGCCAAGAAUCAAAGAAAUCAAUUCUUCUGCUGAUAAUGAGAUCAAUGUUAUCGUUGUUUCAACUCGACUUGCGAAUGAAGUUUCGACUGAGCUAAAACUCUUUGAUGAAUCUUGCUUUACUGCCUUUGCUGCAACGAGAGAUGAACUUGUUGAAUCCAAAGAAUCAUCGGAUUCAGAAUCGAAAUCAUUGGUUCAAAAUAUUGCAGAGAUGACAUCCAGCCCUGAAGAUGAGAGAAAAGAGAGUCCUAUGCAUGAUGUUUCGACAAUACUGAUGCUUUCUGAUCCAUGGAAGAUUAAGAAGAAGCUCACUGGUAGUGAUCUUGGUAACCUGUGCAGACUUUUGGUGGCAUCAUUAUCAGUCAGAAAUCAUAUUUUGCCAUUAUUGAGCGGUGAAACGGUUGAGCAGAUUGAAAAAGAUGGUGCUUCAGUUCCUAUAUGGGAUUGCGAUACUAAUACUGAACAACAUAUGGUUUUGAAGCUUUGGCAUUCAUCGAAGAGUUAUGUUUUCAUCAAAGGCUGGAUUAUUCAAUUUGUGAAGAGAAGGAAUUUAGUUGAAGGAGAUCUUAUUGGGAUUUAUUGGGAUCCAUCAAAUUCAAGAUUCAAUUUUUCUGUGCUUGAAAGAGCUUAG